GGCAACUGGCGCAGUUCACCUGCAGGCCGCACCCAGCCCGCACAGUGAGCCAGGCUCCCGUGACCAGCACCAGCCGCGGGAUUACCCUCACUCGCAACGCCUCAACAGCGCACUAAGGCAGCGACGGAGGCCGCAGAGCAGGAAGCCUCUACAGCAAGCGGUGGGACGCCUCUACACACACCCACACCACACCCGUGCCGCCAGGUCUAUGGCCCCGAGGUGAUCGGUGGAGGAGCGAGGGGCCAGCCAGCAUGAGGACGCAGUGGUUGUGGGCGGUGGUGGUGGUGGUGCUGGUGGUGAGCGCGGGCGUCUCCGAGGCCAAGAGGGGCGGCAGACGAGGCAAGAAGGGCCGCAAGACCAUGAACCGCGGCACCAUCACCAAGUUCAAGUCCGAGGACAGCCGCGCUUACUACAACAACAACAACGGAGCCAAAAUCACACUGUGGUCCCACUUCGAGUCUGAGUACGUGUUGGGACGCAAGAUUGUCUUCAUGUGCAAGGCCGAGGGAGAGCCUCGUCCAGUCAUCACCUGGUUCAAGGACGGUAUUGAGCUCUACGCGCACUCCUUCUUCCAGCUGCACGAGUGGAAGGAAGGCAAGGGAGAGAUCAAGAGCAAGAUGGAGAUCGACCCGGCCACCCAGAUGGACGCCGGCUUCUACGAGUGUCAGGCCGACAACAAGUACGCCGUCGACAUCAAGGGCUUCAGCGCCGACUACUCCAUCGAGUUUGUGUGAGGGAGCAGCUAUAGCCAGCCAGCCGGCCGGCCGGCCAGGGUCACCCCCCUAACACACCCUCACACACCCCCAUCAACCCCCUCCUAGUCUGGUGGGACCACUCAUCAUGGUGGACUCGCCCCACUACUCAAACCAUCAUCCUGUGACUGCGCUCGUGCUAGAAUUUUCUCCACUAGAUACUGGAUAUAGGAUGUGGUAGAUGGCUUUGGCUUAUAAGAAGACCCCCACCCCAACCCAGAGUGGAUUAGCGUCCAUCCGGGGGUCACAUACAGGUGAUAGUGAGACAGUGGUGGAUACGACACGCCUCACCGAUGGAAGUUAAGCAGCACAAUAUUGCCCACAGUUUGCGUGGCAAACGUCUGAAAGGCUGUCUCGCAUGACUACUUUGUUUUAGUGUAAAUGUCUCUUAGGUGUUUGAUACACACUCACACAUGUUAAAUGAAAGAUUGUUAGGAUAUCAGUUGUAACGUUGUGGCUAGGCAGGCACUAAUAUACAGUUGAUAGAUA